AUGAGUCAAAGACCACCACCAUUAUUUCCAGCCUAUUCUAAACAACCUCUUUUAAAGAAUUCUGUUCCACCGCCACUGCUACCAGCACCAUCUUCAGAAGAUGCAAUACCACCACCUCCACCACCUCCACCACCUCCAGCUGUAGAGGAUUCAUUGCAACCUCCACCACCACCACCUCCACCACCAUCAGAUAAUACAUUACCAUUAGUACCUCCACCACCACCUCCACAACCACCAAAGAGAAAGACAGCCGCUGACUUUUUCGAUGAUGAUGAUGGUAGUAAUGGUAAUGGUAAUGAUAAUAAUGGUCAAACUUCAACAUCAGUAUCAAAGUCUACAUCGAAAUCAAAGAAAGAUGGUAUAAACAAAGAUAUAGUUGCCUAUGAAAGAGUUAGAGAUUAUAUGAAUCAGUCUAGUGACGACGAUGAUGAUCAUCAUCAUUCAAGUAGUAGCGACGAUAAUGAUAACUCAAAGAAACGUAAAAAACAAAAGAAAAAAGAGAAGCUGAAAAAGAAAAAGUUGAAACUUGAAUUAUCUUAUAAACAAAAACAACAACAAAAUCAAUUGUUAACAUAUAAUUAUAAAGAUGAAACAGAUUGGUAUGAGAAUGACUAUAGAGGUAAUCUAUCGUUAAAGUCAGCAACUACCAAUCCACCAAAAGAUACAUUAAGUUAUAGAUAUGAUAGAUCGACGGUGAUCGGUUUAGAUAUGGAGUUGAAGUUCACAACAAAGAGUGGUGUCACAUUGGUACCUUUACGUCAGUAUUCAUCCGAUCAUAAUAGUCAAAUAGAUAGAUAUUUCAAAUCACAAUCAACAUCAACAACAUCAACUAUAAAGUUGAUAAAAUCAGGUGUUGGUGUAUCUUUUACAAUAGAUCCAUUCAAGUUACAUUUAGAUUAUAUUGAAUUAUUAGAUAGUAGUAGUAGUAAUAGUAAUGGUAAUGAAGAUAAGGAUGGAGAUGGAGAGAAUAAUAAUCUAGAUGAACAUACCUUAAUUCUAAAGAGAAAUGCAGAGUUGAAUUCAGCGGUGGAGCGAUCACCUAAUGAUAUCGAUAGAUGGAUAGAGUUGGCAGACUAUCAAGAUCAUUUCUUGGUGUUCAGUACGAAGCGAUCACAACGUGCUCGUAUUCCAAUCGUUGAGAAGAAGCUGUCGAUCUAUAGGAGUGCACUCGCAAUGAAUCCCGAUUCCGACGAAUUGACAAUCCGCUACUUACGACUGGCACAAGAGAUAUGGGAUAGUGAGCAAGUUCGCCAAUUGUGGUCGCGUGUCAUAGAACGACGUUCACUUGAAUACAGUGCAGCAUCAUCUUCAUCGUCAUCUAAUGUAGAUGACUUGAUUUCCGAGGAUCUAUGGAGAGAGUAUACCUCUUUUAAUAUGUCGAAUUUCGCUGUUUUCACGAUUGGCGAUACGCGACAACAUUUCGCGAGGUUGGUUCAACUGUUGCUCGCCAAGCGCAGAACGUUGAAACCUAGGGAUCACGGGUUUAUGGCGAGCGUUGGCAAGGUCGAGGAAGCGCUACUCGGCUUCGUUGGACAGUGGGCAAGGUUCGAGCGACAUGCUGGCUACACAGAGCGUGCCAUCGGAAUGUAUCAAUCGCUGAUUGAAUUCAACUGUUUCCUACCGGUGCAUUUGGAGCGUGCCAAUCAACAGCAACAGAUACUUCGCAGUUUCAAAUUGUUUUGGGAGGCAGAGUUGCCAAGAGUAGGAGAGAGCGAAGCACAAGGUUGGCUUAACAAUCGCGUCGACAACGAAACACAACUCACCAUCGAAGAGAUGGAGGAACUGCUAAGGGAGCAAGAGUUAGAAGAGCAACAAACCAUUCAAAGACAACAACAAAUCGAUCAACAAGAUAUAUUCAAUUUGAAAGUUGAAAACAAACCAGAUGAUGUCGAUGUUGAUGAUUUAGAUAAUGAACAGAAACAACAACAAGUUGAAGAAGUAGAAGAAGAAGGAGAGUCUAAUGAUAAGAUGGAGGUAGAAGUAGAAGUGAAAGAGAGAAAUGAAAAGAAAGAAUGGUUAGAGUGGUCAGAGAAGGAGAUGGAGUCAGAGUUGAAUAGGUGGAUACCCUCGAGAGUGUUAGAGAUACCCGAUGAAGAGUCACAUGAUACCGAUCGUUUGGUAUUGUUUGACGAUAUUAAGGAUAUUCUCUUUAGAAUGGUAAAGGAUGAAGAUAAGCUAUAUUUGGUAUAUCAAUUCCUCGAGUUCCUAGGUCUGCCAUUCUCCAUUGGUGAGCGUAUCAAGCUACCUUAUACACAUAGAUUGCGACGUGAAUCAUUCCACUCGAUUGAAGAUAACAUCUCAACACUUUUCGAAACGUUAGAAGAUAGAUCAGAAACAGCUACUACUACAGCAGCAGCAUCAGCAGUAAUGAUGGAAGUAGAUAGCAGUGCAAUUGGUUUAAACCAGCAACAACAACAGGAACCUGUUUGGAAAGAUGUAUUUUCAAUAUUGAAACCACAACCCUUACAUAGUAGUAGAGUCGAUUUCAUCGUAAGAGUAUUCCAGCAGUGUAUUCAAUCGAAUAUGUUCAAGAAGAACAUUGAUUUAAUCAUUAGUUAUGUUCAGUUUCUAAAUUGGGUCGGUAAGAAGGAGAUUGCUGUUACCACACUACUUCAGUUGCUACAAUCCAACAGGAAUGAAACUAAACUCUACGAUUGCUACGCAUCAUUACUAUUCCAACAACAAAAGAUACAAGAAGUUAGAAAAGUAUAUCAAACUGCAAUAACAACAUUGCAACAACAACAAAAAGGAAACAAUAAUAGUAAUAAUAAUAUUCAACCGAUAGAUUAUCUAUAUAGACAAUAUAGUUGGAUAGAGGUCGAGUCAAUCUACAAGACGUUGAACAACGAUACGAGUUUGUUGAAAAAGUUUAUACGUUCAAAGCGGUCGUUUGUAGAGAUGUUCUCGUUGCCAAUUCAUAUACUUUGUUGCUAUGUGGAGGGAUCGUUCCAACCGUACUCACCAAAGACAACGCCGCUUACUGGUAGUCGUUUGAUCAUUGCCAGUAAGAAUUACGAGGAGCUGAACAAGUCUACGAUCGACCAGUGGCUAUGCUACAUUAUGUACAAGUUGCUGACUGUCGAUCUUCUCACGGCAAUCGCGAUAUUCAAACGUGCUAUCAACUCAGAGACACUCAACAUUCAGCACCACCCGAUUGAGCACGAACGUCUCACCGUCAAGUUCAUCGAGAUGAUCACCAAGUUUGCACCGAUCAUCGGUUCACCGCCGUAUCUCAUAAAGAAUACUAUCAUUGAGCAACUAGCCAAUUACUACGAUCAUCCACUGCUACUCUGUUCAUUCUUGAAUUGGGAAGGAUCAACAUCUUCAUCCAUUAGAAUACGUCAGUAUUUCGAUUUAAGUUUAACGACAAACAACAGCAACAGCAAUAACAACAACAAGAGUAGUAGUAAUAAUAAUAACAAAAGUAAAAGAUUAAACUAUGGUAAUAGUACUAUUUUCUGGUUGUUCUCUCUUCGUUGUGAGAUGGAUAGAAUCGGUGCAGGCACCAGAAUUAAAUCGCUGUUUGAACGUGCUAUCAAGUCAUCGGCUACCAAACACAGUAUUAUUCUCUGGCAAUUGUAUAUACUCUUUGAGCGAAGUCGUUCAAGACCAAAGGCGUGCAAAGCACUCUACUACCGAGCCAUCAAAGAACUACCUUGGUCGAAAUCGAUAUGGAUGCUUGCAUUCUCUUCUCAACUAUCAACACUAUUCACACCCGCCGAGCACAAAGAUAUCUUACAACUAAUGAAAGAGAAACAAAUACGUUUAAGAUAUCAUCCAAUAACAAGUUAA